AUGGCGGCCAGCAUGGCAGUGGGCACAGCACCCUGGACUGAGUUAAACCCCAGCUUAAGUGAGAGCUUUUUCAUGGUGAAAGGAGCAGCCCUCUUCUUGCAACAGGGAAGCAGCCCCCAAGGCCAGCGAAGCCUGCAGCAUCCCCACAAGCACGCGGGUGACUUGCCCCAACAUCUGCAAGUGAUGAUCAACCUGCUGCGGUGUGAAGAUAGAAUCAAGCUGGCCGUGCGCCUGGAGAGCGCCUGGGCAGAGCGGGUCCGGUACAUGGUGGUGGUGGACAGCAGCGGGCGCCAGGACACGGAGGAGAGCAUCUUGCUGGGCGUCGACUUUUCCAGCAAGGAGAGUAAAAGCUGCACCAUUGGGAUGGUUCUCCGACUGUGGAGCGACACAAAAAUCCACCUCGAUGGCGACGGUGGCUUCAGCGUUAGCACAGCAGGAAGGAUGCACGUCUUCAAGCCCGUAUCUGUCCAGGCCAUGUGGUCCGCCCUGCAGGUCCUUCACAAGGCCUGCGAAGUGGCACGAAGGCACAACUACUUCCCCGGGGGUGUGGCUCUCCUCUGGGCCACCUACUACGAGAGCUGCAUCGGCUCCGAGCAGAGCUGCAUCAACGAGUGGAACGCCAUGCAGGACCUGGAGUCCACGCGGCCCGACUCCCCGGCCCUGUUUGUCGACAAGCCAACGGAAGGGGCCAGGACCGAGCGCCUCAUCAAAGCCAAGCUCCGCAGCAUCAUGAUGAGCCAGGACCUAGAGAACGUGACCUCCAAAGAGAUCCGGAACGAAUUGGAGAAACAGAUGAACUGUAACUUGAAAGAAUUCAAGGAAUUCAUAGACAACGAGAUGCUCCUUAUCCUGGGACAGAUGGACAAGCCCUCCCUCAUCUUCGAUCACCUUUACCUCGGCUCUGAAUGGAAUGCAUCCAAUCUGGAGGAGCUGCAGGGCUCAGGUGUUGACUACAUCUUAAAUGUCACUAGAGAAAUAGAUAAUUUCUUCCCUGGCUUAUUUGCAUAUCACAACAUCCGAGUCUAUGAUGAAGAGACAACAGACCUUCUUGCCCACUGGAACGAGGCGUACCACUUUAUAAACAAAGCAAAGAGGAACCACUCCAAAUGCCUGGUACAUUGCAAAAUGGGUGUCAGCCGCUCCGCCUCCACGGUCAUCGCGUAUGCGAUGAAGGAAUUCGGCUGGCCCCUGGAGAAAGCCUACAACUACGUGAAGCAGAAGCGCAGCAUCACGCGCCCCAACGCCGGCUUCAUGAGGCAGCUGUCUGAGUAUGAAGGCAUCUUGGACGCGAGCAAACAAAGGCACAACAAGCUCUGGCGCCAGCAGACCGAGAGCCGCCUCCAGCAGCCCGUGGGUGACCUCGCGGGGUCCGGGGACUUCUUGCCAGAGACCCUGGAUGACGCUCGGGAAGCCCGGCUGUCCUGCUUGGACGAUGCUGCCCAGCCUGGGUUCCCAGGAGGAGGAGGACCCUCUCUCUCCUGCUGUUUCCGGCGGCUCUCAGACCCCCUCCUGCGCUCCCCCAGCGACGAAACCGGCGGCCUGGUCCAGCUAGACGAUCUGGAGAAGGACGCUCUGUUGGAGGAAGCAGCUCAGCCUCCAGCAGCGCCCACGCCAGCCAGACCUCCCCAGGAAGGCCCCGGGCCCUGUGAGAAGGAGGUGAAGAAGAAACCGGAGUUCGGGAGCCCGAAAGCCCACCGUGGCCCCUUGCCCGCCGUGGAGGAGAUGGAGAGGGAGGAGGCUCCCGGAGCAGGGCGGUGGGGGAGGUCCCCAGCCCAGCUGGAUAAGAGCCUGCUCAACCGGGAAAACCUAAAUAAUAACAAUAGCAAGAGGAGCUGUCCGGAUGACUUUGAGCACGAUGCUCUAUUCGGGAUCCUCAACAAAGUGAAGCCUUCCUACAAGUCCUGUGCUGACUGCAUGUACCCCACGGCCAGCAGGGCUCCCGAGGCCUUCGGGGAGCGGCGCGAGACCCCCGGGGCCCCCGCCAUCUGCACCCAGCCAACCUUCCUUGCCGCAGGCCCGAGGAGGCCGGACCCCGGGGGCUCUGGGCCCAGGGCUGCCCCGGAGCCGCCAGCUAGCCUUCUGGAACCUUCCAGAGAGACCCCCAAAGUCCUUCCAAAGGCCCUCCUUUUGAAGAACUCUCACUGUGAUAAGAGCCCUCCCGGCAUGGAAGUGGUGAAGGAGGAGUCGCCACCCAAGAAAGACGUGAAGCCGGCCAAGGACCUGCGGCUGCUGUUCAGCAAGGAAACCGAGAAGCCGAGCGCGCACAGCUACCUGAUGCAGCACCAGGAGUCCAUCAUCCAGCUGCAGAAGGCGGGCCUGGUCCGCAAGCACACCAAAGAGCUGGAGCGGCUGAAGGGCGCCACCCCCAUCCCGCCGGAGGGAGCCUCGCUGAAGAGCCCCUCUCCCUUCCUCUGCCGCCUGGACCACACCAGCCACUUCUCGAAAGACUUCCUGAAGACCAUCUGCUACACGCCCACCUCGUCCUCCAUGAGCUCCAACCUGACCCGGAGCUCCAGCAGCGACAGCAUCCACAGCGUCCGCGGGAAGCCGGGGCUGGUGAAGCAGCGGACGCAGGAGAUCGAGACGCGGCUCCGGCUGGCGGGCCUCACCGUCUCGUCCCCGCUCAAGCGCUCGCACUCUCUUGCCAAGCUCGGAAGUCUUGACUUCUCCACGGAAGACCUGACCAGUGAGGCUGACCUGUCCACCAUCGCCGACUCCCAGGACGCCAAGUCGAGCGAGGCCUCCUUCUUGCAUGAGCCCCAGGCCGCCCCGCGGAACCCAGCCGCCCCCUCUAAACCGUCAGGGAAACCCGCCCCGGAAAACUUGAAAAGCUCCUCGUGGCUGAGCAAAAGCUGACCCGCCACCAGCUGAUCACAAUGACCCCUGCCUGAGUCUCACCACGGGUUUCAGUCAGCCCCUCACGUCUCUCGAUUCCCCUCAAACAGUGGCGUUUAAGAACUCGCAGCCCGGGAGGAAAGGGGAGUGUCUGUUGUGUGGCCAGCAGGCUCUGAGCCCGAGUCAUGCGUUUUCCAGGAGAAUCGUGUCUGCAGGGCGUGUACAGACACACACACGUCCAACUACGCUGUUUGCAACGGGCACAGAACAGCUGUGGCGGCGGCCCCGUCGCCAGCCGCACGGUCCUAGCUCAUUCAGCGCGCGUGGGAAAAGUCUUGGAUGGCAAUAUAAGUCCUACCUCUGUUCUUGCUGUGCUUUUCAUGUUUAAAAUACAGUGAUGCCCAAGGCUCAUUCCAGGGAAUACUGCUGUGUCAGAGAAAGGGUUCCCAAGGGGGAAUUUUGUUGUUGAAAAAGGUGUUAGGAUUUCUAACGUGACCUCACCGAGCCCUGCGAGGGAAAGGGAUGCGAAGGUGUCGGAGGCUGUUGUGGAACCAGCUCUGAGACGUGGUCCUCUGUGCUGCCGACUCCUCGGUCCUGGCGUGUUGUUACAGCUAAGCGAUGUGCGUCUGGCCCGCACUGGGGUCCAGAGGGGGAAAUGUGCGUGAUGUCCUCAGUUGUUGCUUGUGGUGGAUUUCAAAUUGCCCCCCAUCUGGGGAGAAGGACCCAGCAGCACUGUUGGUCUCCUCUGCUGUUGAGCCCCGUGGCGGGGAAGAGGUGUUGACGGUGUCUGGGGGUCCGGGGUCCUGAGAUGCAGGCUGUCCUGCCAGGGACCCAGCACUCAGGUUCAUUCAUUGUCACAUCUGCUCGUGUUUGGGGGGAGAAAGAAGACCCAGUAGUGAGAAACGAUUGGUUCCUCCCUAAGGGCAGCUUCUGUGAAAGAAACGCGGCUGUUGAAUAGCUUCCCCAUGUUUACAGUUGCCCCUUUGUGGCGGGGACACUGCCGCCCGCUUCUCUCUGGCGGCUCCCAGUGGGUGGACGGGGCAGGGGUGGGCCUGCGGUCCCAGCCGGCUCUGAGCAGCCCCGUUAAGAGUCAGGUGAGCUCGGUGCCUCAUGCUGCCGCGGCUCUGAGCUCGAGUGGAGGGUCGUCUGGUGUCGGUCAGCACGACAUCGGGAUGUUAAAAUAGUUUGAGAAGAGAGGAGGGGCUCGGGUAGAAAGGUUGAAUUCAGGGGUCAGCAAACUGGUAUAUGGUCCCAUGAGCUAAGAAUGGUUUUUCACCCUUUUCAAGGAGUUAUUAAAAAAAUUAACUCAUAGGCAACAAAGACCAUGUAGCCUGCAAAGCCAAGAUGUUUAUUAGCAGGCCUGUGCAUAAAAAGUUCGCUGACCCCUGGGUUUAUUGGACAGCACAGGGCUACCCAGAGCCCUCUUGGGAGAAACUGGGCACAUGUGAAAACUUCCGGCCUCAUAACGCCUCAGGCCAAAUCCUUCUCCCAACCCAGACCUUGCAGCCCACCCCCAGGGUGUCUCCUGCAGGCGGGUGGCUGUGUGUGGGUGGGACACUCCUGGCUGAUCAGCCAGGUUACUUCAGUGAAACUAGAAAGCCUUCAAGGACCAGUCAGAUUCUGAAAGUGGGUGAAUGAGUUGCCACCGGACAUUGGUCAGAAUGGGACCCCCGACAGCCGCCAUUCUAGAAGCACCAGGCAGGGUCUUCGGGAACCAGGCUAGUCCAUAUUUCAACUAGUGCGAGAGUUUUGUUUUUGUUUUUUUUUGCAAAAACCCUCUCUCCAGGAACUUUUUCUUCCUGACCGUAUCCUUUUAAUUUUUUAAAAUAUAUGUUAUUUUACUUUAUAGGAAUUUAUUUUUCCCAUUCACUGAAAUCACCUUUAAAGGUGAUUAUUCACUUUCCCCCAAAACCCUGUUAGGUUUCUCUCUCUCUCUCGCUCUCUCUCUCUCUCGCUCUCUCUCUCAGCCAACAAAAGCAUAUUCUCAAAAAAAGAAAAAAAAUCAAGUCCAAUAUGUCUUGCCAAAUUAAAUUUCAUGUGGUGGAUCAAUUUUUGUGUCAAAAUAAUCCUUUAGGUUUGGUGAUUUCAGGCUGUUUUGCUUUUUAAAAACCAUGUGUAUGAGAGUGAUUUAUUUUUGAAAACUUUGAUUUUGAAAGCCAUAAUUUUUCUCAUCCCAUGAAAGGGUGGGAGGAGGAUGACAAGUCUGAGUGGGUUUUUGGCUUUUGUCAAAACGAUCGGUGCAUUUUCAGAAGCACAAUUUGUAUAUUAACAUCAAAACCAGGGCCCCAUCCUCAGAGCAAAAUGAAGAGACAUUCUUGACCCACAGACCCAGGUCAGCUGCGUGUCGACAUCUGGCAAAUUGCUCCCUGAAAUAUACUGACCAGAGCAUCCUGCCAGGCGGGAGGCGGGGGGCACCUUGGCAGACAGGUCAUCAGGUCAUGCUGCUCUCUGAAGGGAAGUUUUGCCCCCCUAAGAUGCACAGUAUCCUGAUCGAUGUUCUGUCUGUAAUCUUAGCUGGUGGGGAAGAUUAAGGCGGGCGGCACAAGCGAGAGGCAGGGUGCGUGCUCUGGAAGUCCUGGACAUCAGUGACUGCCCCCUUCGUGGAAGGCCGUUUUCAAAUUAGGAGAGAACAGACAUUUUCUCAGCUUCGUUUCAUCUUCCACCUGACCUUCCCCCCGCUUUUAGUCACAUGGCACGCCAAAGGUUCGGGGGAACUAGAUCUUCCUGUUGCACUGGUCCAGGGGGGUCACCUGGCCAGGAGUUGUUAGGUAUAAGGGGGAAACUGAUCCUGGAGCGAGGGGAUGCCGCUCGGACAAUGUCAAUUUCCAUUUCUUUGUCUUGGAGCGACGUCUGUCAUUGCGUGAGCUUCCGAAGAACAGGGUUCUUCUUACUCGUGCGAUUUCCCUGCCUCCUUGGUCUCGGACCCCUGGGCUGGUGACAGCUCUCUGCCAGGAGAUGAGACCCUGUCCACCUGGUGUGCAGGUCACUCACCAGGCCCUUGGGUGGCUGCACUGUCCAACCCCCUUCUAGCCACCCGCCCUCACAGCUGAAAGCAUUCCAGCUCAUCCCAAAGCCUCUUCCCUCACGGGUAUGCCCAGAGGAUGCCCCAGGAUGGAGCCAAGCUUGCAAUAGAAUUAACACUGAGAGGACAGCCCUGUACCCUGGCGGUCUUGUCUCUCCCCACAGGCCCGAUCCUAGAAGGUAGAGGAAGCCCCCUGCUCCCCCGGGGCUGUUUCUAUUGGGAACAAACGCUGUAUCAUUUAGUCAAGAUCAUAUAAGUCACCUCCCCCAAGGUGUCCGAAGAGGGACUUGCUCUCUGUUGCCUGGAAAUGCUUGACGCCGGAAUACAUUUCACCCAACCCUCCCCUGGCUUCCCACCUAACAGGGCGCCUGUUUCACCUCUGGCCGUGGAGCCAGGCAGGCUGGGAAGAUGGUGACAUCUGGACAGCGCGGUGCAGGGCCACCCGCUCUGGUCCCACCCCGCAGGCUCUCACUGACGCUGCUUGCCAAACCAAGGUAGUUGAUUGACCCCCACGCUCAGCUACUGGUCUUUUUAUUGUCUGCUCUGCCAUGGAAUGCCUGUUGUGUUUGAGUUCACUCUGCAUAUAUAUAUAUAUAUAUUUGGAUAUAGAUAUAUAUAUAUAAACUUGAAUCAUAUCAUGUGCAUCACUUCUCAUUCACACACGCACCGUCCCCACGCUGUGAGGCGGAUCCCCUGGGGCGGUCUGGAGUGAAGCUGGGUGGUGCCACACCCUCGGUAGCUCCGGACAGGACGGCCCUGUUCUGGUCCUGGAGGAGGUGCCGCGGCCCUGGCCUCGGCCCUGACACGGGGGAGGCUCCCCAGCCAGACCCCCCCAGUGCCCUGCUGUCCUUCCUGUUGGCUGUGCUGCGCGAGGAGGUGGCUGCUUCCCCCCCCUCCUUGGACACUGUAAUUAUUGUUUUACAAUUGAGUGCCUUAAUCAUAGUUUACAAAUACUGUGUAUUUAUGGGAAAGUGCUAAGCUCUCACCUUCUGUGAUUGGAUACCUGGCCUUGUCCGUGGUGGUUGGCGUUCGGGCUGGAGCUCGCCCUGCCCCGUCCUUGGCACUUAUCUGCUGUGCAGUCUCGCGCGCCCGUGCACCCACACCUGUCCGAGGAGCGUGGCUCGAACCGGCUCUGGGAGUCCCUGCAGGCGAGGCCAGCUCUGGCCCACGCCUCGCGCGUCCCGUGAUGGUGAGGGAAGGCUAGAACUUGGGGUGCUGGCAGCUGGGGGUGCUGACGGCAGCCCAGCCCUCACCCGUUUCCCGGUCACACAGCUGUCCUCUUCUUUCACAGAGGUUUUCAUCACCGCCUAGGCCACCCUGUUUUCUUCUCUGUUGGUGUCCUGAGCUCUUUGCAACAAAAUGCAGGUACAGACACCCUCCCCCCACCCCCCCACCCCAAAAUCAGGAGCUCCACAAGAUGGUUGCCCUUUGGUUUUCAGAAGCUGCCAGUGGGUUCCAGCGUGUUGUGUAAUGAUACCAAUUUUUUUUAUUAUAUUGUUUUUUUAUAGUAUAUAUUUAAAAGGCAGUAUCUUUUGUACUGUGAAUUUGCAGUAGAAGAUGCAUAAUGCACUUUUUUUUUUUACUUCUGUUGGUGUGUACUGUAUAUAGUCCGUGUGCUUCUUGUGAUGAAAAUAAACGUUUUCUUUAUAAAUG